UGUGCUGAUGCACUAUGUUAUGUCUGCUAGACUGACGUUUCAUUGUGCUGAACUCGGGGAAAGAGAGAGCAACGUACUGUGAGACAUACUGCUACGGAGAACACCGCGGAUUUGGACGGUCAGAACUGAGGUGCUUUUGGAGAUCCAAAAAGGUCUGCUGAGAACACAUCAGGGCUCCUACCAACCUCUCUACUUCCUAAAGGCCCAUUUCCCUACCGGGUUCCACCCAAACCCCAGCCCAGAAGGGAACGAUGGCACUGGGCCACAGACACUGUAACUGUCCUGAACUGGAACACCUGUACAGGUGAAGCAAGGGACCAUGGUCAGGAGAAGGGACAACUGACCAGAAACAAGUCCAUACCACCUCUCAUCAAUAGCCAGGGGGACUCUAUUUCGUCUGAAGUUAUGACCUCUGGCUCUUCCAGGAUCCAAUCUGCAUCUUCAACGACACCUGCAGAGGAACAAUGGACUUCCAUCGGAUUCACACCUGUUCCAAAGCCUCGUCUCAGAGUCGGACCAACACCUGCAGAGGAACAAUGGACUUCCAUCGGAUUCACACCUGUUCCAAAGCCUCGUCUCAGAGUCGGACCAACACCUGCAGAGGAACAAUGGACUUCCAUCGGAUUCACACCUGUUCCAAAGCCUCGUCUCAGAGUCGGACCAACACCUGCAGAGGAACAAUGGACUUCCAUCGGAUUCACACCUGUUCCAAAGCCUCGUCUCAGAGUCGGACCAACACUUAACCCACACAGCAGAGACUCAGGUCUGGCAGCAGGACAUAUGGAGGAGCCCUUAUGCUUACGUACCAACCCCGUCCAAAGACUUCCUCCCCCUAACAAGCCCCUCCCAACUUUGAAAAUAAACAGUAUUGUUCAGAGAAUGGUCCACAUGAACACUGAGAACAGAAGCAGUGGAUCCAUGGUUGUCAUUGACACUGAGGGCUCAGGAGAGGAUUUGCAUUACACACAGCUUCCAAGAGGCAGCCGGGAGAGGCUGAACACUGCUGUGACAGACAAGCUGAAAGCAAACUGCAGAGAGAAAAACGGUUUAUUAGAAACCUUGUGGCAGGAACGCAAACUGGUGCAAGAGAGCGGAAUACUGCCGUACCUCAACAAGCAAGAGCUGCUACUACAGGAGAGUAUGUAUGAGGUGGUGACAACAGAGCAGUCCUACCUGGAGAGGCUGGGUGUCGCUGUGAACCAUUUCAUGAAGUCAUCUACCCUGCGUCUAGCCCUGUCACCCAGAGACCACAAGUCCCUUUUCUCUAGUAUUGCCAAGAUCAGGGAGAUUAGCCAGAAAUUUUUAGAUGCGAUGAAGGAGGAGCUGGAGUCUAACCUGCUAUGUGACAUGUUGUGUGAUGUCAUCCAUCGCCACACCAGCAGCCACUUCGGUGCCUAUGUGGACUACAUCCGUAACAUGCCUUACCAGGAACAGACCAUGCACAACCUGGGGAGGGAGAACCCCCAGAUCAUGGAAAUAUUACGGGAGCUACAAGACGACCAACGCUGUUAUCGUCUGCCCCUGAAGUCCUUCCUGGUCCUUCCCUUUCAGAGGAUCACACGACUCAAGAUCCUCAUAGAGAACAUUUUGAAGAGUACAGAGCGGGGGUCAGAGAGGCAGGUGUUUGCAGAGAAAGCACUGAGAGCACUCAUAAAGGUAGUUGAGGCCUGCAAUAGGGAGGUGGGGAGGAUGAAGAUGAUGGAGGAAAUCGUUCACAUCGCCAACAAAACUGAGUUUGAAUGCAAGGCCCUGCCCCUGGUGUCUUCCUCUCGCUGGCUAGUGAGACAGGGGCAACUAGCUCAGCUGUCAGAGAAAGAAAACAUCUUUGGUCACCGGAAGCUCUGUCACAUCUACCUUUUCCUCUUCAAUGACCUACUGCUGGUGACCACUAGGAAAGGCAUGGAUCGGUUUGUGGUGCGGGAUCAUGUCCACCGUUCCCUGAUAGAGGUGAGUGAAGGACUGGAGGAGAAGGAGCAUUUGGUGUGUGCUUCAUGGGAGAGGAUGUUCUGCCUCGCUCUGCUGAAGAACCAGAAGGGAACCACAUCUCAGUUCCUGCUGCAGGCCUCCACACAGGCAGAGAAGAUAACCUGGAUGGAGCUGUUGAGUCAUCGAGUGGACGGGAUGGAAGGAAUCUAUGAAGAAUGGGACUGUCCUCAGGUACGAUGCACUGAGGUCUACGUAGCACAGCAGCCAGGGGAACUGAGUGUACAGCUGGGUGAUACCAUCAACGUCAUACAGAAAACUGCUGACGGUUUCCUAGAGGGCAGGAGACUUGUGGACGGUGAGCGGGGCUGGUUCCCGGAUUACUGUGCGGUGCAGGUCACCAAUGAGUACGUCCAGAGAAAACACCUCAGGCAGCGCUACCAUGUUUUACAGACUGCCAACCGCAUCCUGAACAGAAGGCACACUGUUCCCCAGGCAACUGCCUGCUUCAGAUAGACAGGUCUUUCUGAACGAGGUCUGUAUCUCAAAUGGCACCCUAUCUAUCCCUUAUAUCAGGACGGUCACAAUGAUUAGACGGUUGAUGAACUGAAUUAGGUUUGUUUCAAAUGGGGUUGGAGUGUAAACCUACAGGAUGGUAGCUCUCUAGGAACAGGGUUGGAGAGCCCUGGUGUAAACCUACAGGAUGGUAGCUCUCUAGGAACAGGGUUGGAGAGCCCUGGUGUAA